GGCAGCGUGCAGCAUUGUUUGAAUUCGUGCGUGAUCGAAGAACUCAAAGCUACGGUAUUGGUAAAUAAUGCGCUGGUUUUGUGAGCUUUGAUUGCCUGAAAUUUGUCGACCUCGCGAAAUAUAGGCCCAGGAAUAGAGAGAGAAAGUGUCUGUCGUCGCGCAGUCGUUUUGCAUUCAAUUUUAAUAGUUUUGUAACGUUAUUUGAAUUGGAGAAUACGUUUUCCGAUAUUUAACCACUGUUGAUCUGAUAUUGUGUGGCCAUGCGGCAUAAUAAAUCAGCUCACAGGCGAAAGCCGUCGACCCCCAGGCGCAGAUCUCCUCCAGAGCCGCGGCCAACACCGUCAACCUCCAGAGCCCGGCGCACCAGCGGACCCUCCGAAGCGUCCCCACGCAAGAAACACAGGUUUCGCCCUGGCACUCGGGCUCUCAUGGAGAUACGCAGAUAUCAGAAGUCUACUGAUCUGUUGCUGCGCAAGGCCCCAUUUUCACGGCUGGUUCGAGAGGUGUGUCAGACAUUUAGUCGAGAACAGAUGAUGUGGCAGGGAUAUGCUCUAAUGGCUUUACAGGAGGCUGCAGAAGCAUUCUUGGUCCGUCUGUUUUCUGAUGCCAACCUCUGUGCCAUUCAUGCAAAGAGGGUGACAUUGUUUCCACGAGACAUACAACUCGCCCGGCGAAUCAGAGGUGUUGAAAACAUGUGAAGUUGGAUCUUCUUCUUUUUCUUUUUUCUUUUUCUUCUUCUUCUUCUUCUUCUUCUUCUUCUUCUUUUUCUUCUUCUUCUUCAAGAUCUAUACAGUAGUGAUGUCCACUUUUGAAACACUGCUUCAUGAAGCUUCGAAACCUUUGUGAAACCAUUUGUUUUGAAACAGUUCAUAGCGUGUAUCAAAAUGUGAAAUGAAGUUUCGAACACUUUUGAAAAGUCAAUAGUUUGCCUUUGGGGAUGAUCUCUGUGAAUCAUGCGAACCAUUCGCAGUGGCGAACCAUUGAUCGUCUCUGAUGAUCAAUUUGUAGACAUUUUUAACAAGACAUUUGUGUAAUUAAUAGGAUGAGUUGUGUCUCUUAUGCUGCACACUGGUGGUGGUUGAGGAGAGA